AUGAAAAGAAAUCCUCGUUCGAGCAUGUCCACUAUGCAGCAAGAAUCAUCAUCAUACAAACUUCCCAUGCCAUCUGUGCUAAUGUAUGGAAAAUCAACACCAACCAUUGGAACGAUUGGUGGAUCUGGUGCCGAUGAUGCCCAAUCUGCCUCCUUGAAUAUGGGUUCUACAUUGUUGAGUCAUACAUUUGAUGAAGAGGAUGGUGAGGAUGAUGAUGAUUCAUCAAUGGCUUCACUUUCAUCCGAAGCAUCCGCUUCAAGUAUUGGACAAUUGUAUAUCCAACGCAACGGCAAUAACAAUCAUCAUGCUGCUACCAUGACUCAAAACAUUUCAACGAUUGGUGCUGAUUCCUAUAGUACUCUCCCACCCAUUCAAAACGUGUUUUAUUUGGGAGCAACGAAUUUGUAUGGGAAUGAUAAUCCGACACGACCUGCAACAAGCAACAUCAACAGCAAUGGUAGUGCUGAAUAUCCUGCUACAUUGUCAUUGAGUGUUCAAGAAGACCCAACUUUUCUCAAUAGUUUCUAUGAUGAUGGUUAUUGUAGACCAUUCAAACUCAGAGUGAGAAUUAAUGAUUUGAGUGAGAAAUUACCUCACGGAAUUUACUCUGGACUUGUCGACUCCAUGACCUUGUUGACUUUGACCAAGCCUUAUAGCAUGUUGAGCACCAAAGUUAUUGUUCGUGAAGGAACCAAUAACGAGGAAAUUGGACAUGUCACUAAGGAUCUUUUCAAGAGAAACUUUAGCGUCAAAUCCAAUAAUAAGCUUCUCUAUAAAAUUGUUCAAGACAAGAAUGUUCCCUCAACUGGUGCUUUUAGCGAGAAUUAUUCCAUUUAUGAGCAAAAGGAAAAGAUUGGAAUGAUGAUGGUUAAGAAGGGUAAAGAAUUUCGUCUCGAUGUUCCACCUUCCUUAACUCCUGAAGAUAAGGCACUCUUAUUGUCUGCCAUGAUUCUCAUUGUUUUUACUUACUAUGAAGAUGCAAAAAGCCAAACCUUCUUUGCCAAGAAUUGUAAGAAGAAGCAGUACAGUCAUCAAGUACCACCAACCUUUGAUCAUGCUGAUUUCAAUAGUGGAUUUACCACUAAUGGAAUGAAUCAGUCAUCAUCCAUUCAUGCCAACGGAGAUUAUCAACAGAACAAGGUUGGGGACUUGCUUCCUCAAUCGAAUCGAUAUUUAUGA